AUGACAAUCCUGCUGAAACAGCUCCACCUGUGGUUCGGCGAUGUGUGCCGCCACAUCGAGGGGGAGGAGGAGGCGAAGCGCCUCUACUCCAAGCUUUCGAACACGUCCCACCCGAGGAUCAAGGGCGACGCGCUGCGCUCGCGCUGUGCUCAGCAGGCGACCAACAGUGUGUGGGGCAAGCCCGACCCUGCUCUGAGCCGGUUCCAGAACGACGCUUUGGUCGCGGCGCGCGUGCUCGCCUUCCUCAACUCGAAGAGGCUCCCGGUGACCGCUGUGAGAGCCACGCUUCUGGCACACCAGAUCACGGACGCCGCCUCGCUCAGCCAGCGGGCGUGUGCCCAGCGGCUCUUCGACCACUGGACGCAGCCGCAGUCGCCGCCCUGCCCCGUCUGCGCUGCAAACGCCGCGCGUGGCUCUGUCGCAACCCGCUCUCCUCAGCGUGCAGGACCCGCCACGCUCCAGCCCAACACGGACCCGGCUGCCGAUGCGCGCGCGGUGGCGGCGGCUGCUCCCGCGGCGGUGCCGGCGCCGCGGUGGGAGGUAGAGCUCAAGGGCGGGUGGGUGCCUGCCGACGCUCGCGUGCUCGCCGCCAUCUCGGACGCAGAAGCGGGCGGCCGCGGCGAGUACGAGGCUCGAGGCUUCAGCUACUCGGUCGACCUCCAUCAGAGCUGGCAGCGGAACCGGAAGACGGGCCGCACCCGGCGCAUCCGCGGCGGGCAGUCGGAGGACGACGAGAAGACGGUGGUUGGGUGCGCUGCCGACGUGGGCCGGCUGAGUGACGAGGAGAGCGACGAGGAGAGCCGCCGGCGCAGGCUGCUCGAGAAGAGUGAGAAGUGGAAGCGCGAGAUCAAUCAGUCGCUGCUGCAGCGCUACGCUGCUGACCGCGAGAGCCUGAGCGAGGAGGAGAAGGCGCGGGCGGAGGUGCUGCUGCUUCGGGACGAGAAGAAGCGGACCAAGCAGGCGGAGGCGCAGGCUGCGCCCCAGUUGGCCAAGGAGCUGAAGAAAGCUAACAAGGCUUUGAGGAAGCGCGAGAAGAGGAAGGACCGAGAGCGCGACAGAGACGCAGUCGCAGAGCCAGACGGAGCCGGCGGCGGUAUGCGCAAUGCGGUCUGA